UUUCGUUUUCGUUUUGUUAUCAAAAUUAACAAGUAAAUUUAGGUGCAUAACGCAAAAAUAAAAAAAGAACAACCACAACAAAGAAGGGGCGAAAGCAGAAAAGAAAUCAGCAACUUGGUCGAAAGGAGAAUUCAUUAAAGUCAAAAACUGGCCCACCUCCAACACGAAUAGAGCAGAAAUCAUUUCCAUUCAACACCCCCCCAGCCCCCGCUCACAGAGUGCAGUGUCGCGCCAAUAUUAACGUAAACAAAGUGAAGAAAAACAACAGAAGUACAAGCGCAAUUGGUAUCAGGAGGAGGAGGAGAAGGAUUACGAUAUAUGUACUAAUUGGAUUAACAUUUUACAAAACAGCUGCGGGUGAGGCCUAAGCCUGACAAAGCAACAUCAUCGACAUCGACCAAAACCAAGACGAGCAGCAACGUGACCAUUAGUUUUAACAUUAACCUUGGCCUAAGCAGAAUCAAUCAGAAACGGGACACGCAAACGCAGUUAGAGUGGCUCAGACACUGGCAUUGCAAAGAAGAGGACCAACGACUCUGGCUCGGUUAUGCCCAACGGUCGGUACGGUGGCCCUGGAACGUGUCAGCGGAAGUGCGGCAACAUUACCCAUCUCUAUCGCUCUCCAACGAUACGCUGAGACUGACCUACGGUCUCGGCUUGGUGGCGGAGGUCGAGGAGGAGCCGGUAACGGAGAGGGAGUCGAAGGAGAGACAACUCAAUUUGGCUACAAUUAUGUCUAUGCUGGCCUAUGCAGAAUCAGCCACCAGCUCAUCGAGCGACACCGAACCGGAUGCCCAAGUCGAUUUUACCACCAUGCUGGUGCAACGUCAACGAGGUUGUGAAAGUGGCAGUAAGCUGCAUACCACCGAUGCCGACCAGGAGCAACAGGAGCAGGAUCAGGGCUAUUAUCUUGAACAGUAUGUACUUGGAGUACUCGACUUCAGUUCACAGUAUGGCAUCGAUUAUAGCAUCUCGUAUACGGCAUCAAAUGUGAUUGGCAGGCCGACAAAAUUUCCCGCCUAUGGCGAUUACCCGGAAACCUUUACCAUGCGCACAUAUGGCGACUGGUGGCAAAGAGCUCCAUCGGCGACGCGUGAUAUUCAGCCCCAGAAUAUGCCUCCAAUCGAUACCCAUGACUAUAUAGUUGUUUAUUUUGAGGAGUUUGUAGUACCCACCGAAGUGGCAAUUUUCGAGACGUUUAAUCCUGGAGCCGUGGUACGCAUUUGGGCCUAUAGCAUGACGAAACAUUGGCACUGCCUUUGGGAGGCAACAGCCAAAGAUCUCAAUUAUCUUUGUCAUGACUCACGACGCUUUGCUCCGCCACUAAAGAAGACCUCGAUCAUAACCAAAACACUUCGGAUUGAGUUUAAUCAUAGCAAUCUAAAUUACUAUACGGAAAUCGAUGCCAUCAUGCUCUGUGGACGCACUGUCUCCCAUCGGCGCAUUCAAAAUCUGCUAGGCAAGGCCCGAGCCCAUUCACAAACACAGAUAUCCCUAGCAGCUUCAGCUCUAGGAUCAUCCUCGACAGCAUUAGCUGUUGGUCAUGGACCUAUUAGCUGUAAAUUGCGAUCACUUAAAUUCCAACCCAUUUGUCGUAGCGAUAAUAAUGCUGAUGCUGAUCCUGUAACUGGGGCAUGUAAGAAAUUCAUCAAUGAUUUCAUCAAUAAUGAUCUCAGUCAGUUUCUAUUGGAUAAUCGCUUGGCUAACGAAAUGGUGGAGCAACAACAACAACAACAGCUGCAGGAGAUGCAACUGACCCCGGCCAAUGUUCAUGCUCAGGCUGCCGCUCGUCGCAUCUGUUUGACCGAUUUGCCAUUUGAGAUAUUAUUGAAAAUACUUAGCUAUUUGGACUUACAAUCAUUGUUUCGUGUGGGUCAGGUGUCACGUAUAUUCUAUGAUAUAUCCACACAUCCGUUGCUAUAUGUUGAGAUUAACCUGAAGCCAUAUUGGCAAUUGGCCAACUCGGAAUUAUUAUGCACACUGGCACGUCGUGCCACAAUUCUACGCAAAUUGGAUUUGUCUUGGUGCGGGGGUUUCGGUGAUGUCUCACCCACCGAAUUUAAGAAAUUUCUUACCCAGCGUGGCGAUAAUCUCACCCACCUGCGGCUAAACUCAUGCAAAUUUCUCAAUGCCAGCUGCAUCGAGACCGUGGGCAUUGUCUGUGAUAACUUAAAUGAAUUGAGCCUACGCAAUUGUGCCACCGAUCCUCCACUAUUGAAUUUCUCUUGUUUGGUCAAUCUCAAGAAUUUGGAGCGACUGGAUCUCUUUCAGACUGCCUUCGAGACUGAGCUAUUGCUGAGCAUGCUUGAGGGCAAUCGAAAGCUAAAACAUUUAAAUCUGGCUUUUUGUGGCGUAUCGGUUAACAUGGAUAAUGUGGCUGCCCAUUUGGCCAACUAUAAUACGCAGCUUGUCUCCUUGGAUAUGUGGAAGGCUCAUUUUCUAACAGCCCGUGGCUUGCAAUCGCUCUCACAUUGCCAUCAGCUGGAGGAGCUGGAUUUGGGCUGGUGUUUGCGUGAGGCCUCAUUGGGCGAUGGCCUAUAUCAGCUGUUGGUAAAUUGCCCAAAGCUAAGGAAACUCUUUCUCUCAGCUGUACGCGGCACAACCGAGCACGAUCUUCGUCAUAUUGCUCAGCUGGGCAAAAACCUCGAGCAAUUGGAUUUGAUGGGCAUAUUAAAUAUAACACACGAACGUGUCUAUGAUAUUUUGAUUCAUUGCCCCAAACUUCAAUUGCUGGAUUUAAGUUUUUGCGAGAACAUUAUGGAUCGAGAUUUUGAUAUUCUGGCGGAUUGGUCCCGUUUGUUUAAGGUCAAUAUCAAGAGCAGCCGCAUCUAUGAUCCAAGAUAAUGAACAAUGUUGAGAGGUAGUCUGACCUCGUAGCUAUUGUAUAUAGGUAUAUACAGAAAUAUAUAUUUAUGAUGUCUUCUUUGUAUUCAUAUGUGUCUAGCAAAAAUGUUAAAAAUAAAAUUGUUAUGAGAUAUA